AUGUCUACGGACAAGCGUGUCCGCCCCGCUAGCGACUCGGAGAGCUCCGACUCCGAGUCGCCUGCGGAUAAGCAGCUACGCCUUGAGUCGGGGAGUGAGAGUGAUGAGGCGGCCCUUAUCCCGCUCCCCGACUCUUCUGAUGAGGAUUGGGUGGUGGUAGGACGGGUGCGUGACCGUAACCACCGCUCCCACCCACCUCCGCCACCUUCGCCUCCCCGCUCCCGUUCACCACUUGGCAACUCUGCUACCCCCACCCUGCCCUGCGGCUCACGCCCGACGCCGUUACCCCGUUCUACUGCUGCUGCCCCCACUGCUGCCACCUCAACUGCCUCCACCGCUGCUCCUUCAUCUGCCUCCGCCGCUCCCCAUUCCACCCCGCUCGGUGCCGUCUCGCACCCCGAGCAGGCUGCUGCCCGCUACGCUGCUGCAUCUCCUGCCACACCCAGGGUUGUCGUCCCUCCAACACCGGGGUUCGAGACUGCCCUCGACCUGGCGGAGGCCCUGGAGGAGGAGCUCGGGCUCCGCUUCCAGAUGCGCUUCCUGGAAAACGGCAGCGUGCUGGUCACCCCGCCUUCCGAGAAGGCCCUCCUUGCUCUCAUGGACACCACGUCGGUGCAUGGGAAGGCGGUGCAGUUGCGGCUGAUGGGCGACGCAACCACCAAGGGCGUGGUGACCACUUACCCGGUUGCCAUGCCUGUCAAGGCUCUUCUCCGACACCCGAGCGUCGUCACGGCAGAGCGGUGUAUGACGCGCGACAACCUAGCCACGAGGCAGGUCCUCAUCUCGGUGAGGGGCCCCCUGCCAGGCAUGCUGGACCUGGGGAGUUGGGGCGUAUUCUACACGCGCCCCUUCAACGCCGAGCCCCUCCGUUGCUACCGCUGCCAGCAAUACGGCCACCAUCGCUCCCGCUGCAAUCGCCAGGCAGUGUGCGGCAUGUGCUCGGGGCAGCACAUGACGGAGGCCUGCCUUGCGAAAUACAAGGCCGGCGAGAGCGUGACCGCCCUCUGCCCCAACUGCCGCCAGCACCCCCACGCGUGGAGCCGGCGCUGCCCCUCCCGGUUGAACAUAGUGGACCGGGGAAUCCAGCGGCAGGAGGAGUGGCGUGCGGCACACAACCCCUCUCGGCCGGCGUGGACCGGGCGUUCCCGCUCGAGGUCCCAGCGUCGGCCUGCCCCAAUCGGUCAGACAACGCUCGCCUCCCGGGAGCACUUCCCGGCCCUCCCACCACCGGCCACGUCUCGCGGCAACGCUGCUCCGGCUGUGCCGCCGCCAGCCACGCCUCCUCCACUGCCCGCCACGCAAAACCACCCGGCCUCCACCUCAACACCAGCCCCUCCCCCGCGCCCGGCAUCCGCCUCGGUCCCCUCCACGCAGCUCACUCCCGCAAUACCUCCACCGGCCCUCCCCCAGUGCGUGAGGCGUCGAAGGAACCGCGGGCCACGCCCUUCCUUGAUCGCGCCAGCUGCACCCCUGGUUCCUCCUCCCGGCCAUGUCCUGGUCACCAGGGCUGCACUAGAGGGGAUGCUGGCGAGCUUCGCUCUGGCGUUAACCGGCCUCCUAAAGCUCACACCGGACGAGGCGGCGCUGCGAGUCAUCGCGAAGACGACGGUGGAGGAGUGUUUCCCCACCGUCGACAAUCCGGUCUCGUCUCCCGCCACCCCGCUGCAAACUCCAGUUGUUGCGCCUCCAACUGUGCGGACCACUGCCCGCGAGGACGCUCCACCUCCCGCGGCGGAGGCCCGCAUGGAGGUCGACGCGCCCUCCCAGGCAGCAGUGGCACCUGCCGUCUCGGUGGCCCAGCCAGCGCAGGCGUCCCAGACCGCCAAGCCCCGCUCACACAUCCCAGUGCGGGCGGCUCCAACCCGCUCCCGCAUCCCGCAGCCCAAGGGCAUGGUGACCCCGAAGCGCCGAGGGCAGGCCCCCUCGCGCGCGGCGGCCCCUGUGAUCACCCCGGGGGCCUCCUCGGCGACCGACCGCUAA